GUACGGGGCUACACUUGAUCUUCAAAGAAUUUCGCAUGCUGCAUAGCGUGCGAAGGAGUUCUUAUGGGCUCUACUUUUUCCAGCCAAGGCCAUGCUUCUCCUGGUUAUCCUACAUCCUAAACGUGCCAUGGCAGGACAAAGAUUGGCACAAAGAUGUCUCAAUGUUAGAUUCUUAAACUCCAACAAAAUCCUCCAAAAUCCAAUAUUAUUUAGCCAUUUAGGGAUAGAGAUCGUUCUUCACGUCAUUAUUUAGGCAUUUAGGUAAAGAGAGAUUCUUCAUCACGCCAAGGAAGUAGCAAAAAUAGAUAUGAUAGCUGCUUGAUUAGGAAUUGUACAAGACCAAUUGAUAUUUUCUUCUUAACACGUACAGAUACAUUUGCCAUAACAAUAAAAUGGUACUAAAUCGUGCGAAAAAUUAGAAGAUUCAGCAGGUGGGUUUGCAGUUUUGACUGCACAACCUGGUCAGUACUCAGCAGCUCAAAGAAUCCAUCAGUUUUCUUCUCUUAUAUUUGGUUUUUUCUUCACUCUCUCUUAUGCUUUCAUCAUGAAGUUAUGCAUGAAACUCUCUCUGGUUUUAGUUCUUUCUGUGUUUGUUGUUCCAGCAACUGUGCUAUCAGAUUCCCCCCUGAGCUCAAAUGGGGUCUCAGAAAUCCCUAAGAAGUUGCUCAGUUUUGCCCAGAACCCCCAGGUGUUUGAUUGGAUGGUGGGAAUCAGGAGGAAAAUACAUGCAAACCCAGAACUGGGUUAUGAGGAAUUUGAGACCAGUGAGCUGAUCAGAGCAGAAUUGGAUCAAAUGAGUAUUGAAUAUAAACAUCCAGUUGGGGUUACUGGUGUUGUAGGCUUCAUUGGCACCCAAAAACCGCCUUUCGUUGCAAUCAGAGCUGAUAUGGAUGCUCUGACCAUGCAGGAAAUGCUGGAGUGGGUGCACAAGAGUAAAAAUGCAGGGAAAAUGCAUGCUUGUGGGCAUGAUGCUCACGUUGCAAUGCUUCUUGGUGCAGCAAAGAUCCUUAAAGAGCAUGAGCAAGAUUUGCAGGGAACAGUUGUUCUUGUAUUUCAACCGGCGGAGGAAGGAGGAGCAGGGGCUAAGAAAAUGAUAGCUGGUGGAGCAUUAGAGAAUGUUAGUGCUAUUUUUGGGUUGCAUGUUGCAAACCACGUACCUAUUGCUGAAGUGGCCUCCAGACCUGGUCCCUUUUUAGCUGGGGCUGGCUUCUUUGAAGCGACAAUAAGUGGAAAAGGUGGUCAUGCAGCCCUUCCUCACCACGCAGUUGACCCGAUCCUGGCAGCUUCUAAUGUGAUUGUCAGCUUGCAACAUCUUGUCUCGCGUGAAGCUGAUCCACUCGACUCGCAGGUAAUCACUGUUGGAAAAUUUCAAGGAGGUGAUGCAUUCAAUGUUAUUCCAGAUUCUGUCAAAAUAGAUGGAACUUUCCGUGCAUUUACAACGGAAAGCCUAAUGCAACUCAAGCAGCGGAUUAAGCAGGUUAUAACAGGACAAGCAUCGGUACACAGGUGCCUCGCAACUGUCAAUUUCUUUGAAGAUGAGAAACCUUUGUCCCCACCGACCGUAAACCAUAAGGACUUGCGCGAACACUUCAGAAACGUAGCUGGAGAUAUGCUUGGCUUCGAAAAGGUCAAGGACCAUCAACGGUGGAUGGGAUCCGAGGAUUUUGCAUACUACCAAGAGGCAAUACCUGGAUACUUUUCCUUCCUUGGAAUGGCAGAUGAUGCACUUGGACCCCUGCCUAUGCCGCAUUCACCCUACUUCCGUAUCAACGAAGAUGCACUUCCUUAUGGUGCUGCACUCCAUGCUUCUUUCGCUGCGAGGUAUUUGCUCGAGUUUCAACAGGAAGUUCCUUUGCCAGAACGAGAACACCAUGAUGAAUUAUAACAGGCUGAUUGACCAAUUCCUUCGUUCAAACAUUACCUAGUCUUCAUACUCACUGAAGGAUUUUCAUACUGCAGCAACUGUGCAUUGCAUGGUUCAUUCGUCGGUAAAUUAUACAAUCAUGUAUCAACAUUUAGUUUUCAUCAAACGCUGUAACUUUGAAUUCACAUUUGUCAAAUAAAGUGGGCAAUGUUUAGUGUA